GAAUCCUUUGCUCUCUCUAACGGCUCCUACCAUUUUUAUUAGUUUCCUUCAACAGCCAAAUCCCUUCUUAACUCAAUUCAUUUGAAGCCAGCAAAUUUCUUAAAAAAUCCUAAUGCCAUAAUAGAAUAUAUUUCAAGAACGCAGAAUCCUCUCAAAUCCUCUGUCUUUAAUCAGUUAAGUUCAGUUUGGUUACCAAAUCAGCCUAGCGCCUUGCAAGAAUGAGUUCUGAAGAACCGCAACAUCUUUCGGUAGAUCGCAUAUCUCCUUCUCCCAAAAAAACCUCUUCGGUAUCUUCCUCUCUUCCUCUCCAAGAAUUACUCUUACUCUCACCUUCUCCACUCAGAAAAUCAAGAACCCGUUUAGCGCUUCGGCUUGAUGCGCCUGAGGAGGUAGCUCUGGAGUCAAUUGGAUCUCGUAGAAGAUACAAAACAAGAGGAGCUCAAAUGGGCAUUUCGGGUUGUGGAUCUCCAAGGAAUAACCGGAGGCUAAAGAGAAGACCAGAGAUUGAGAUAAUGAGAGAAGAGAGAGAUAUUGGGUUAGUGGAUGAAUUUGGUAAACUAAGAAAAAGGAGGCAUAGCGUGCGGUCAAAGAAAGAGAGGCUUAGUUUGGUCCCUUGUGUUCCUUCUUCGAGUUUAUCUCCAAAAAUGGAUGUUGGUGGUCAUGGGAAUCUUGAUCGAAUCGGGCAUGUGUUUGUUGAUUUGAUCAUGUGGAGAGACGUUGCAAAGUCUAGCCUUUGGUUUGGCCUUGGAUGUUUAUGUUUCUUGUCUUCUUGUUUCAACAAAGGAGUCAACUUUAGCAUCUUACCGGCGAUUUCUCAACUUGGGCUACUGUUCUUGGGCGGAUCAUUCUUCUCAAAUUCAAUCUUGCAAAGAAACAAUGAUGAAAAGAAGCGUGAGUUUAAGCUGAAAGAAGAGGACAUUUUGAGAUUCGGUAGAGUCAUUCUUCCGGCCACAAACCUUGUCAUUUCAAAGACAAGAGAGCUUUUCUCAGGAGAGCCAUCAACGACCCUCAAAGUAGUUCCAUUUUUGCUUCUUGGUGCUGAGUGUGGCCAUAUUAUAACGAUGCGGAGGCUUUUUGCUCUUGGGUUUUUUAUCAGUUUCACUGUCCCAAAAUUUUUCGCAUGCUAUUCUGAUAGGAUAAAACAGAAAGUUGAUAACAUGAAGUCUUACAUACUCGAAGCAUGGGGAGCCUGUUCUCACAAGAAGAUUGUGGCAUCAUCAGCGAUCAUGGCUUUCUGGAAUCUGUCUACUGUAAAAACCCGUAUUUUAACAGCAUUUAUCUCUUUGGUAAUACUCCGAUACUGCCGGGAACAUCUAGUGCCAAAACUGGAAGAUGCGAAAACAAUAGAAGAGGAGCAAGAGCAGCAACAAGCAUUGGUGGUGGCAGAAGUUAGGGAUGUCCAGAACUAGGUUUCUCUAUGAAUUUCUAACGCCAAUAAGAUGUUCAUUAAUAAGAUGUUCAUUAAAAAGACAGAUGGGGCAUUGUAUUUUCCCCAAAGUUAGCUUAGCACUUGCUCUGGUGUAACAUUACAUUGAAUCACCCUUGUUUAAGUAUAAUAAUUUUUCUGUUUGUUUUC